CAUAAAAUUUCCUCACGCGCCUAUAUCUGUUAUAUUUCUCAACUUCCUUCGCGGCUUUGCCUUGCACUUCUUUCUUCUUCGAGAGAAAAAGGUCCUCUCUGUGUUCCAUAUCUUCUCUACGGUGCAGUUGUAACGGCUUAGACGACGACGAGAACAAAAGGAAGACGAUCCUGACGCAGGAAAGAAUCAGAUCCGAUGUCUAUUAAAUUUACCAUUAUACCCUCAUAAGUUCCUCUGCGUUGUUGUUUUUGUAGAGCUUUGAAACGUGUCUAAGCUUUCUUUCGACACGCCUUUCAAGCCAAGCAAAAGCCAUAGCCAUAGCCAAAGCCUCCUUUAUUCUCCAAUCACAAUCAAGAAGUUUCUCUGUUUUUGCCUUUAUUAUUGCCACUCUCUCUUUCUCUGCAUUUAUCAAUUUAAGAUACACCUGUUGUUGUUUGCUGUGCCUGCUUUACCGGCCUUCGUUUUGUUUCGAUGUGCGUGUCCUCUUUUUCUGGUCCGUUAAUUGUUUAUUUUUUCAGCUAGAAACGACUCCGUUUGCUGUUAUGAUAUGAAGUUCGGUGGUGAUCGUUUCUCUUCGUUGUUUCUUCUUCUUUUUCUUCUUCUUCUUCCUUCUUCUCCAUUGUCAUGUAUUUCGCCUUCCCAAGGUUCUUAUUACGUACUGUAAAUUUGCCUUUUUUUCUUGUCAGAUUUUUGUGCAGGCUAAUGAGCUUUCUUUUUAUUUGUUCCUUCGAUUUUGAGCAGUGAAUUGCGGUGAUUUUGGAGGUGAUUUCAGGUUUAUUUGUGGAUUAAAGAGUAAUUUUCAUGGGGAAAAGAGAUAAUGCCAAAUUUGCUUUUCCUUUAAAGAGUCUCCAAAUUGGAGACUUGCAGUCUUACCUCUCAGAUCUUUGCCUCUUCUUGGCCAUUGAAAGUAAUAAAUUUUACAUAUUGGUGGACAAUCGACCAUGGUUGAGGAGCCUUGGUCCACGGCCAGCACACUUGUGGCAGUUAAUGGUUACCAAGUCUAGGUUAUCUCCUUUUGCAAAUACAAAGGCCCAAAAGGGUAGAAAAGAAGCAAAGGAGCAGUCAAAUCUUGGUAAAUCAAAGAAUUUUGAGAAAUGGAUCUCAUUGGUUGAUGCGGCAACUUUAUCGCGGAAAAGAGGUUUUCUACCUGUGAAGAACUUACGGAAUUCUUUGUUACUAAGUAGUGAGUUGCACAGGACCCUGUAUGGUUUUAUUGUGUUUGAAGUUUCAUGGACCAAUGUUCGAGGUAUUAACUACUUGGAUGAGCUUCAGACCGACACAUCUCUGGCUAUUGAGGCUAAGAUUAUGCUGAGAUGGGAAUUUGACAGUAUUGAGCAGGCUGUAAAUUGUAUGCCUUCUUGGUUCUCAGGAACGCUUUCUGAACAGCUCCACUUGAAAGAGUAUAUGGAAUCUGCAAUAGGUGAAGUCUUUUAUGAUGCUGAAGAAAAUUUCUCUAGUGCUCUCUCAAUUGAUGAGGAUGAAAAUAUCUGCCAUGAUAGUCUAGGGGAUGAAGAUAUUUCUUUAUGCUGCCCAGUUGGCAGUUAUAGUGUACACCAUGAGAUCGUGGACAACAGAACAAUUGAGCCACGCACCCCUCCUCCCACUGGACCUUAUAAAAGAAGAAGGGUAACAAAGUCCAUCAAUACUGAAGUUGAAGUUGACCUUUACUCUGAGGAAACACAUGCUGGAAAUGAAGGGUUGUCAGACAACUCAGACAUCGAAAGCAAUGAUAGUGAAAGCACUGUUGAAGCUAAGCAGUACCGAGAUGUUUUGAUUUUGUUUAAGUUCAAUGAUCGUGAUCUUCCAUUUAAACUGAGGGAUAUAAUAAUGUCUGAACUGCGGUUACUUACUUUAUUAGAGGCUGGACUUCCAUCAUGGGUUAUCUUUCUUCAGUCAUAUCCUGGAUUUUGCCAUAUUUAUCGCCCUUGGAUGUGUCCUCUUGCUAGAGCUUUAUAUGUGCUGAUUUCAAUUGUCACUGUUAUUAUAGGAUUUUAUGAUUUAUACAAAAACGUUCCGGUUCUUAAGGCAACUGCAUCUCGUUUGUGUGGACCACUUUUUGAUUGGAUAGAGACCUGGGAGAUGGUAUCAAGGAUCAAGUACUUGGGAACAAUGCUAUUUCUACAUAACUUUCAGAAGGCUAUCACAUGGUUCUUAAUGGUCACACGUACUACUAGAUCUUUCUUUUCUGUUUUCACUCAACCACUACUUGAACCACUCAUGGAGGUUUUAGGCUUCCUCCUUCCAAUGUGGAAUGUACUCAUUGAAGUGGUAGAAAACCUGGUUUCUAUCAUUUGGGUUGCAACUGACUCUGUGUUCACUGCAGUCAUAGAUUUAAUACAGAUUGUAUUGUGGCCUAUGUGGUUUAUCAUCUCAAUGGUCUGGACCAUUGCAACUUCAGUUUUGUAUCCAAUAUUUUGGAUCCUCUGGGAGAUAUUCUACGCUCCAAUUCGGAUGGUGCUUGCAAUAGCCAGUUUUAUAGCCUUAAUUGGUGCCUGGAUAUCAGAAUUGAUAGGAGAUCUUUGGCGAUCUGUGAGUUGCAUAUUUCGGGUUGCUUCAGCAACUGAGGCAACAAUAAGCACUUAUGAAGUUUCCAUGUGGCGCUCACUUUGGAAUGACCUUUUUUCUCAGGUUUUUCGUGCUCUUAGGAGUAUUUUGAAUGGCUUUGUUGCGUUCUUCACAGCCUGCAAUAGACAUCGCCUUAGCAUUUAUAAUCACAUACAGGAAUUCAUUCGAAGAAUAUUUGGUCAAGCCCCUAGAUCACAGCCCUCAGGCUAUAGGCAUAAUAAGCCAACAAGUGGAAGGCAAUGUCUGGCUGAAGUAGGAAAAUUCACAUUAGCUGAGAGACAUUAAUUCUUUUCUAUACUAAACUGCGAGAAAGUGUAUCUACACGGAGAGCUUGUUCUGGUAUAAAAAAACCACGGCAUCCUAUUUUUCACUACAAUUGAGAAAUCAGCAUAUAGCUACAGAAGUAAUAUAGGGAGAGCUUAAUUCUUUUGUUCUUUUGUAUAUUUGUUAGUUUCAUAAACCUCCCCAUUUUUUUGCUUUUCCAUGUCCUUUUGAUCUUUAUGUUUAUUGUGCAUAUUUAGUCAAGUUUCUGGAUGUAUAGCAUUGUACAGCCAAAUUUGUAAAUCAAAUCUUAAGAAGCUUUUCGUCUUCAUGGAGUAUAGAUUCUGUGGUUGUCAAA